AUUUUGCGGUAUCCAUAGCAUUAUCACAAAUAAAUAAAUAAGCUUAUUAAUUCAAUAAAUUGUUGCAAUUUAUAAGAAAAGUAUUAAAAUAUGGCUACAGCCGCUGCGGCAAAAGUACAAGAAGUACGCGAGUUAACGCGUAUUGAACGUAUAGGAGCUCAUUCCCAUAUUCGUGGUCUAGGUCUCAAUGACAGUCUUGAAGCUAGAAAUAUUUCCCAAGGUAUGGUUGGACAACAAUCAACCCGAAGAGCUGCUGGUAUCAUUUUACAGAUGAUUCGAGAGGGUAAAAUUGCAGGAAGGGCUGUAUUAUUAGCUGGACAACCUGGAACAGGUAAAACUGCAGUGGCCAUGGCUUUAGCCCAAUCACUAGGUGUGGAUACUCCAUUUACUUGCAUGGCUGGUUCAGAAAUUUAUUCGUUGGAAAUGAGUAAAACAGAAGCACUUACACAGGCUAUUCGUAAAAGUAUUGGUGUUCGAAUUAAGGAAGAAACAGAAAUUAUUGAAGGAGAGGUUGUUGAAAUACAAAUUGAUCGACCAGCAACAGGAGUUGGUCCACGUGUAGGAAAAUUAACACUUAAAUCAACAGAUAUGGAGACUGUUUAUGAUUUGGGUGGAAAAAUGAUUGACAGUAUUGGGAAAGAACGCAUUCAAGCUGGAGAUGUUAUUACCAUUGAUAAAGCAACUGGGAAAAUUUCAAAGUUAGGUCGUUCAUUUACAAGAGCUCGUGAUUAUGACGCAACAGGAACAACGACAAGAUUCGUUCAGUGCCCUGAAGGAGAAUUACAAAAACGAAAAGAAGUGGUUCACACGGUUACGUUACAUGAAAUUGAUGUUAUAAAUAGUCGAACACAUGGAUUCCUUGCUCUAUUUUCAGGUGAUACUGGAGAAAUUAAAUCGGAAGUACGUGAUCAAAUUGAUGCAAAAGUAGCUGAAUGGCGAGAAGAGGGCAAAUCUGAUAUUAUUCCAGGAGUGCUCUUUAUUGACGAGGUACAUAUGUUAGAUAUAGAAUGUUUUUCAUUCUUAAAUCGAGCCUUAGAAAACGACAUGGCACCAGUUGUUAUAAUGGCUACCAAUCGUGGAAUAACACGCAUUCGUGGUACUAAUUAUCGAAGCCCACAUGGUAUACCGAUCGAUUUAUUAGAUCGAUCAAUUAUUGUACCCACUUCACCAUAUCAACCAAGUGAAUUGCGUCAGAUAUUAUCGAUUCGAUGCGAAGAAGAGGAUUGUCAAAUGUCAGAUGAUGCAUUGACUGUAUUAACACGUAUCUCACAAGAAACAUCACUACGUUACGCAAUACAAUUAAUCACAACGGCAAAUGUUGUGGCACGUCGACGUAAAGCUACUGAAGUCGGUAUUGAUGAUGUAAAACGAGUUUAUUCGUUGUUCUUGGAUGAACGACGAUCAACACAGUUUCUUAAAGAAUAUCAAGAUGAAUUUAUGUUUAAUGAAAUUAAAGAACCUUCAGCUUCAAUGGAUGUUUCAACUUAGAAGUUUAAGCAAGCAGUAUUCGUUGCAUUCCUUCAUUUAACGAUGUUUAAUUUCAUUGCUUAUCUAUAAUUAAUAACUACAAUUUAUUUUUUAAAACU